AUGGAUAGAAAGCUUAAAUCUGAUGAACAAUGGUUCAUAUCACCCAAAAUUAUUUUGAAAGAUUUUUUAGAAGAGGCAUGGCAAGCAGAUCUCAACUUGCGAAAUUCCCUUGGAAGACAAGCUUUGAAUGUGCUGGUGAAAGAAGAAGAGUAUCAUCCAAUCCAAUUGCAACAUGACUUCGCCAAAUAUACUGGUUGCUCUGACAAAGCUGCGAAACUUAUUUUUGAGAGCAAUAUAUCGAUCGACAAUUUACUAGAUGGAGACACUACAACAAAGUCUUACGAUGAUGAUAUGCAAGAAGAUAUACAAGCUAAUCUAAGGCCGGACAAAAUCCGAGUUCACAGUUACGUAGCCAACCAUUGGAAGACAAUGCAAAACCCUCAGAAGAAGUCAAAUUAUCUGAGAACCAUGAAAUACGAUAAAUAUGAAGAUUAUGCAGCAGGGCUAAGAAGAGAAAUGCCUGUGUUUAAUCAUUUGUGCAGCAAGGAUAUAGUUAUUACUGUCAGUGCUCUCGUUCCUAAUAAUAAAAUUUUAUCCCACGCAGAGAGUCGGAGCAGCCGAAUCAUGCAACCCAGUUCUAAAUUUAUCCUACGAGGAGACAGUACUUUAGAAAGUUUGAAAAAACAGCUUAAAUGUGUUAGUGAUAUGAUUGUCCCAUUAGAAGAGGGGAAAGAGUUGGAGCCCUAUGAUAUGCAAUAUUCGACUAUGAUGCAGUACCCUUCCUCCUUCAUUUUUAUAGAUGACUGUUUUUAUGUUGAUUUAUCUAAUCCUGCAUGUGAGGAUAUCUCUGAACCAAUACGAGAAUUCAUGGCCAGGAAGAAAUGUUUUGACAAAGUUACUCAUAAACCUAUGGCUGGAGUUAAAAUAAUUGAUUUAAAACUAAGACUUGGUCAACCCUAUGUAUUCCAACAUUCGGGUACAUGUGAACACCUUCUGAUAUUCCACGAUCUCCGUUUGUUGCAUAAGUCUGAUGAGCAGGACAUUAAUAAGUAUCCUUUAUUAGCCUAUGAGAAAGGUGGUGAUGCGAGAUGUGCAGGAUGCAAGCAGAACUACGCCACGUAUCGCGUGGAAGAGUGUGAGCGUCUACCUGCCCCGUCUGUGCUAUUCUGCGAUGAAUGUUUCGCAGAGUUCAACUUCUCUCAUGGAGUCAAAAUUGGAUCAUUCCGAGCUUACCCUUACUAUCAGAUCAAUAGAAUUCUAUUUGUUUAA